GGCGCGUCCAAUAAUGACUCGGAGAUCCCAGCAAGUAACAUGACCAAAAAGAAGCGGGAGAAUCUGGGCGUCGCUCUAGAGAUCGAUGGGCUGGAGGAGAAGCUGUCACAGUGUCGGAGAGAGCUGGAGGCCGUGAACUCCAGGCUCUAUGGGGCAGAGCUGAGCCCAGAAGCCAGGAGGUCCCUGGAGAAGGAGAAAAGCAGCCUGAUGAGCAAAGCCUCCAACUAUGAGAAGGAGCUGAAGUUGCUUCGCCAGGAGAACCGGAAGAACAUGCUGCUCUCCGUGGUCAUCUUCAUCCUCCUGACCUUCCUCUACGCCUACUGGACCAUGUGAGCCUGAGAUUUCCGCAGGCAGCGUGGGCUUCCCCCUCAGCUCCAUGGUCCUGGCCGAGCAGGCCCUUCGAGCUUCAAGAGGACCAAGGUCCUAGGGCCGUUUCUCCCUGACCCAGACACUAGAGCAGGGCGUCCUCUUGUCUCCGGUCCUGCUGUGGGGCUGCGGUCUCCAGAAGGACCCUGUACUGCCUUAGCCCAAGGGAAAGGCAAUAAAGAACAUUCCAUCUGC